CGCAGAGGGGCUAGGGAGGUACGAUGCAGCGAAGAACGGGAAUGUCAUGGCGGCGGACGCUGGCAGGGGUAGCUAGGUAAGUAACCAACCGCGGGACGAGAGGCACUGGCGGUGAGGCCAGGUAUGGCGAAGCAAGCACGAUACGCGUCACGAUGAGUUGAGUGAAUCACGGAUGAACGCUUCGUAAAACAAUCGAUCGGCUACACGGACGCAACAACAACUCUAUACUUUUCAUUUAACGGCGAAGAGACGAAAGAACGUGUGUACCCGCGGAUGCAAACUUAAGAAGAGCCGCGCGAGUUUCGGCGUCAUGUAUCUAAGGAUCGUGUUGCUACUCGUCGUUGCUUGGGAGACGAGGAACGUGCUCGCCGACGCCGAGACGCAACUCGUCAGCUCCAACACGAUAGUGAACAUCGGUAAAUGUUGCGAGCCCGAGGAGUUGCUAGUGGAUGACCGAUGUACACCAUUAUCGGAGACCAAUGAGACCAAGUGGCGACCGGAGUUCGUGAAGGAACGAGAUGCAGCGGCAAGCAGAACAGGAUACGUUGAGCCUAGAUACGAGCUGAAGAUCGGACGCCCCAGAUGCGACUCCGACGAGCAUCAGUGGCACGUGUACUACUAUCCAUCCGGGCCAGAUCGGCUGUCGAUCCUGCCGACUGGUGUGUUGCGCCACUACAUCGUUGAUCUGUCAAAAGGCAUGGAUGAGAAUCGUGGCGUCUACGGCGUCGCGAUGUUGAAUGUCGAUGAUGACUAUGAUGACGAUAGGGAACACCCGACCAUACACUACGACUAUCCGUUCGGGCACUACUGUGCGGAUAAAGUAGUGCUCAGCGGAGAUCGGAUGGUGGCGACGUACGCUAUGCUUUGCGUGCCGGAUGUUGCUGUACGCUGGACCGAUACCAACUACCUGAUGAAGCAUGCGAUCGAUCCUGCCUUCCACGCCGUGUCAAUGGCCUGCUAUCUGAUCGUCGCGGUGGUCUACUUCGUAUUGCCACAGCUGCGCGAUCUCGUCGGCAACAUCAUCACCAGCAUGGCUCUUUGCUUCAUGGUCAACCAGUGUGCCUCCACCGUCAGGAUAUUCACAGAGUUUGGCAAUCACAUCAGCUUUAUGGUCGCUGAUACGAUCAUGUACGUUUUUUUGAUGGCCGCUUUCUUCUGGCUCACCGCCUUGGGCUAUUACGUAUGGAACACGUUCAAGUCGCGCAAUGUUUUCCUGCGGGUGACCGACGGCAAGAAGUAUUGUUACUACUCGUCCUGGGUCUGGGGUUUGACGGUCUGCUUAGCCGCCACGGCGAUCUUCGCGCACUUCGCCCUCGAGACGAACAAGCCCACUGUAGGCGGCACAGUUUAUCCCGCUCAGGAAACCGUAGGCUGGCUCGGGCUCUCCGUAAUAUUCAUGUGCAUCGCAUUCACCAUCGUGAUCGAUCUGUGUCUGAUACUGACGACCGCAAACAGAAUCAAGCGGAUGAGCACAUACGGCCGUAUCCACCAUAAAAUGAAGUACAGUUUUCGGAUGUUCGUUUUUCUUUACGCAAUCAUGAGCACCGGCUGGUUUUCGCUACUGCUCUCGCAGUUUAAGUACGACGCUCUGAUAUACUGCCAUAUCGUCGUGAAUCUGCUGCAGGCAUUGCUCAUUCUCUACGUGUGCGUGUUCGGCCAGCGAAGAGUCACGUUUCUACUCGGGAAAACGUGCAACUGCUGCGACUCCGGUGACAACACCGAAGGCCUCGACUGGGGCGAGGAGAUGACAGCUAUCAAUGCGGGUUAUUAAACCGCUUUACGAACAAU